ACCGAACUGCUCGAUAUGCGGCGGAAUCAUCAAAUUAAUGGUCCGGAGCCCUAUCACGGUUCGUCUGGCGAAGCAAUAAAUCACAGAGAUCAACACAGUGACAGAGUCCAAACGGAUGAUGUAGAACGAUUGCGAUAUGGAAUGGUAGUUGCAGCGGAUCGAGUUCCAGAUCGUGAUGGAAUUCGGCAUGCAGAAACAGUUAGUCUUGGACCGCCACCAACUGAUGUUUCUGGGCAGGGAAAACAGAUAGUUGCAAUUGGUGACUAUGACGUUGAAGAGCAAUACACGGACGAUGAGGGAUACAGAACUGAUGAUACCCCUGAAAACCAAGGAUCUUUUGAUGGAGGAACUCCAAACGUUUGGAGUGCUCCAGCGACUUCGGCUUCCACCAUUUCGUCCUCCAGUCUCGCUUCUUUCUCCUCGCCUGAGAGUGUCACUGAGGUUGCCACUAACAUACAACAGCCAGUAGCGUUUGUUACAAGUACUAUAACAACACUACCACGUGAGCUAGAACAAGCACAUUCUGGACAGACACCACCACCACUUGAGCAAAACAAUACAAGUACGGUGAAGAGUGGCAACAGUAAUGGAGAUCCUGGUGAGGAACUGGGAGAAGCAGGUAAUCAGGAAGGUUUAGAAGAGGAGGAAGAAGAUUACGAAAAUUCGGAAGAGUUGUUCUUCUGGAGGCCAGAAGGAAGACGUAAUGAGCGCGAUACUGCAUAUUCCUAUUAUUCAGAUGACGGUGAUGCUACUAAAGAAUAUGCGCUUUAG